UCAGCGUCUCCUCCUCGACACGGAAGGCUCUCUUCUCUCAUUAAUUACUGAGUUGGGCGCUAGGGAAAGUUCCCCGACUGAAGGAAUUGAUGUCCACCAUGGCCACGUUUCGCUUCGGGCAGCACAUCGUGAAGUCCUCGGCUGUGUUUUUGAAGACGGAGUUGUCAUUCGCACUAGUCAACCGGAAGCCGGUCGUGCCUGGCCAUGUUCUAGUUUGUCCUCUUCGUGUCGUUGAGAGAUUUCGAGAUCUUCGUCCUGAUGAGGUGGCAGAUCUGUUCAUGACCACACAGAAAAUAGCCGAUGUGAUUGAGAAACACUUUCAGGCGUCCUCUCUAACCAUCGCCAUUCAGGACGGACCUGAGGCAGGACAGACGGUGAAGCAUGUCCAUGUUCACGUGCUUCCAAGGAAGGCUGGAGACUUUGAUAAGAACGACAGCAUCUAUGAUGAGCUCCAGAAACAUGAUCGGGAAAAUGAGGAUGUUCCUUCCAAAUGGAGAUCAGAAGAGGAGAUGGCCAAAGAGGCGACAGAAUUACACAGCCUCUUCAACUAGCUUCUUUAGCCAGGGGUGGAAGACCUACAGACGGAGGACAUCAACAAGUUGAUAAAUGUUCUUAUCUAUCACUUUGACCGCUUAUUGAAAUAAAAAAUGUUGUUUAUGUA